AGGCAGAAUUUGACUCAAGAUCAAAUUCCUAGUCAGUUUGAAAAAAUUUUUUGAAAUGCUUAAAUCAAAUUUCUUAUUGUUUUUGGCCAUUGGCGGCUUAUUUAGCUUGACUCGUGUAGACCAUACAGCUGCUGCCCCAACGAAAAAUGCUGCCAAUGCUGGAAGUAAAAUGUUACUUCCAACGGAAAGCUUGCAAUUAACGGACACUGCUACCAAUCAGAAUUUACUUCCAAUGGCAAGCGGCCAAUUAGUGAGCACCGUCAACAAUAAGAAUUUACUUCCAAUAGCGAGUUCACAAAUAGCUGACACUGCUAAAAAGCAGACUUUACAUCCAACGGAAAGCGUGCAAAUAUCUGAUAAUUUGAAGAAUCUGGAUUUACUUCCAAUGGAAAGUGUGCAAAUAGCUGGCAAAUCGAUGAAUCAGAGUUUACUUCAAAUGGAAAACGGGAAAUUAUCUAAUCAGAAUUUACUUUCACUGGCUAGCUCACAAAUAGGCAAAAUUGCGGAUAGUCAAAUGAAAAAGUUGGAAAUAGCCGACACUUAUAAAAAUCAAAGUUUAUUUCCAAUGGAGAACCUACAAGUCGCCGAAAGUGCUAAAAGUCACAGAUUGUUUCCAUUCGAAAACGUGCCACAACUUGCCGGCUCGACUGAAAAGCAAUUAUUUCUUGCCGUUCCAAGUGAAGUAGACCGUGUCACAAAUAACGCAAUGAAGUCGUUAGAUGCAACAAAUGAUGAUCUUCCAAUAUAUGACACACGCUUAUUACCGCUUGGCUAUAAGCUAAAAGCUUCCGAUUUGAGAGCCAUGCCUUCUCAGCCGCUAUUCAACUAUAAGAGAACGACUCACGCUCAUAUGCCGCAAUAUGAUCGAUUCGAAACUCAAAAAGCAAGGAUCGAUUAUUACCGACCAUUAAGCUCCUAUAGAGAAAAAUACUAUAUGAAAAAGGAUGGGCGUGAUUCUGAUUUUAGGAUUCCAUUUCUUAAGUCGAACGACAGCGUGCCUCGAGAACUAGUCCAAAAUUUUGACAACCUACUUGCCGCGCCCAAAGAUAAGGAAGAUAAGGAAGAACCCGACAAAGAAAUAACUAUACCGUUACCGGAAAGUGCUCACAACGCGACUGAGGUGCAAUUAAGGGUCCAGGCGCGUGCAAGACGAAACUAUUACCCAGGUGGAAAACUGGCUAACGUAUGUUUGGGAAAAUCGACCGUCUAUAAUAAGCCCAGGGUAAUGAAUUGGCUUGAAAAAAAAGUAUACAUGUAUUACAGUACUGACGACUAUAGCAAUGAUGUUCAUAUAAACUAUGCACAAGAACGUUCUCGUCCCAUGUAUUUUGAUCUCAGGCUUGAGCUCUUCAAAAAUGGAAAAUCCGAGGAGUGUCACAUACCAAGCUUAGGCAAAUGGAGACCAUAUCUGGAAUGCGCUCUAAGGCGCAACCAACGAAUGGAAUACAUGAUACCAAUGUAUCCCCUCCACCAAAUUGGAUAUAAAUUUCAUUGGUCGCGAUCUAUGGACGAAAGCGCUUAUAAUAAUUAUCGAUCAUAUGCACCAAGAACUGAUUUUAGGAAAUGGUGAUGGUACAUGCCGUACCCUGGUUGGCAUCAAUCCUGAUAUAUUUAUUUUAAUAUACAUAUAUUUAUUUUAUGUGGUUAUGCGCCCAUCCAAUCUCGGCAUAGUAAUGCGAACUAUAGCACGCAGUCACUAUGCUUCCCAAAUAAAAUAAUAAUAAUUGGGCGCAAAUUUGUC